UGUCCAUCUUGAAUUCCCACCUAUUUCGCACCCCCGCCAACCUCGAAUCUCCAUAACAUAAAUAUCAUUUCAGGUUCACUCCGGUUUCACACUCUUUAAGCGCCCGUAUACCGUUUCAAGACAACCUGACACCAUGUCUUCAUCACACGCCAGCCUCAGCGCUGCCUCAGACGACCGAAAAGCUAGGCUCGCGAAGCUCAAGAACCUCAAGCGCAAGCAACCUGGAGACGAAAUUGUUGCACCAGAAUCAGAAAGAGCCCAAUCCCCUCCCGUAGAGCCAGAUGUCUCACGACUCCAUGUCUCUGGCCGCAACUACGACCCUGAAACCAGAGGUCCUAAGCUUGGCUUUGAGCAGGACCCAACCCUCAAUCUUGACAAGCCAACGCUCGAAGAACAAGCUGCCGAAGUGGAAGCAGAGGUCAAGCAAAAGGCGGCAGAAGAAGCCCAAGACGAUCAAGGUGUCGAUUUAUUCAAGCUACAGCCGAAGAAGCCGAACUGGGAUUUGAAAAGGGAACUUGAUAGGAAAAUGGAGGUUCUCAACGUUCGAACCGACAACGCCAUUGCGCGCUUAGUCCGUGAUCGUAUCACGGGUGCACAAAAGGCUGCGGCAAAGAGAGACGCGGUUGAGGACGCUCAAGGCACUGGAGAAGCAACUGGCAUGGAUGGUGUGGCAUUGGUAGAAGGCUUGAGGGUCAGGGAAAAGGAGGAGGAGGAGGAAGAGCGUCGCGAACGGGAAGAAGAUGCUGCGCUAGGUGUAUAAAAAAGCAACAUCUAGCCUUUAGACGUCGAGGUUUUGCCUCGCCGUCCUGUUUAUUACAUCUUAGGGGUCUGGCGCAUUGUGCGAUGACGGUUACACUAUAUCUACAUUAUACCCAACAAUUCAUUGUCUUCCACCCUUCAUAGCUUGCGUCAUAGCCAAUCGUUGACUGAAAGGACUCAAGCUUCGUUCUCGUGCUUGAUCCCCAGGACCCGGCCCUCCGUGUCCAUGUCUUCUGUCAUCAAACCUUCCACGAGGUGGCAGUCUCUCACGGUCAUGUCUAGUACUGGAUCGAUCUGGCCUCUCAUCACGUCUGCCUCUCGGUUGGGGCGACCUUGGGCUCCCAGAACGUUGACGACGAAGGCUAUGUGGACUCCGAGACUUCGAUGGGUAUUCCCUAGGAUGCGUCGCUGGCGCGCUCCCCUUGACAGAAGGUAAAGGGUCCCGGGACCUGUACUGGUCGCGACGGUCAGAAUCUUCAGGAGAGGGGCUGCUACCAGAGUCGGAACGCCUGUACCGAGCUUCCACACGAGGGCUUCGGCUACGAUUCAGGCUAGGACUGCGGCUGCGACUGCGGCUGUCAUCUUGCCUGCCACGCUGUGAGUUGUCUAAAUAGGGACUUCGACUUCGUGGCGACUGAGCAGGGGAUCUGGCCCUGUCUUUACCAGGUGAUGGUGAUCGCGGAGCGGUAGUGGAGAUGGUAGAAACUGAAUGAGAAGACACUGAUCUAUGACGCUUUAUGUUUGGCUCAAUCAGCCCAUCGUCUCUCUGUUCUCGCUCGCGCUCGCGGGCGCGUUCGGCUUCCAAUUUAGCCAGCUCUUCAUCCGCCACACCUUUCCUGUAGGGCUGUUAGUAAAUAAACAGACCUUUGCUGCCUUUAAC